UCGUCCUGGAACAAAAACCCACCACACACCGGGGUCGACCCAGAGAAGCUAAACGAACGCACCCUAUGCAAGUCAUGGAAUUUUUAGUCCUCGUAUCAUAUUAUAGAAGUUCACUGCACAUGUCACAUUGUAUAACAGUGUCUAAUGAGAAUUGCACCGACGUGAAAGUGAACCACAACUGUUAUCAGGCGUUCAUUCUGCAUAUAUAUACAUCUCGUGACCGUAUGAAUCAAGUCUACCAAUCAGUUCCUGAACGGGUAUAACCAAGCAUCCAAUGGAUACACAAACCGUAUCUGCCAAUGGGGCUAUAACACAUGAGCAUGAGAUUAAUUUGUCUGAUCUGCAAACUCUGAAGGACCAAGAAGCUGGAAAGAGGCAAGAGACUAAGAACGCCGGGGUCAUCACGGAGUGCGGGUGGUUCUCAUGGCGUCCAAAGUUCCUGCAGCGCUUCGCAAAUCCAAAAUGGCUGCUCUGUAUCUUGUGUGCGUAUGCUUUCUUCCAGAGUAUGACCGUCAAUGGACUUGUGAACGGGUCUCUCGCGAGCCUCCAGCGCCGGUUUGAGUUCUCCUCAUUCCAGACAGGUCUUCUGCCGUCUAUCUACGAUGUAACGGCCGCUGUGUUGAUCGUCUUCGUAGGGUACCUCGGAAAUAGUGCAAACAAAACCAGGAUUCUUAGUGGGGGGAUAAUCUGCAUUGCUCUGGGAAGUUUGGUGUUUGCUCUUCCUCAUUUCACUACUGGAGUUUACACAUACUCUGACAAUAACGCCAGUGAUGUAUGCUCACCUUCUGCUGAACACAUAACAAUGGUUCAUGAUGCUGAAAAGACGACGAUUGCCUCCCUCUCCGGGUACCUGUACGUCUUCAUAUUGUCUCAGAUGGUAUUCGCACUAGGCGGGGCACCAGUGUAUUCCCUGGGAUUUGCCUUCAUCGAUGAGAGUGUGAGAAGUAAAGACGCGGGUGUUUACCUAGGAAUUCUGAUUACCUUUGUCACACUUGGACCAGCAGUGGGGUUUGUCGUUGGUGGUGUACUUCUGAGUUUAAAUACAGACUUCUACUCCUCUUCAAUAAGCCCCACAGCAGACAGCUCCGAUGUUCAAUGGGUUGGUGCCUGGUGGUUGGGCUUCGUUGUAUGUGCAAUCAUUUCUUUUAUGAUCGCGUUACCUCUGACAUGUUUUCCCCAAGAGUUAGCCGGAACACAAGCGAUCCGAAAGGAACGCGAGUCCCAAGCCCACGCGAGCUCAGACAUCAAGAUGAAGGCAGACCGGGAUGGUUUCGGUAGCUCCUGGCGAGACUUCCCCUCCGCUACCAAGAUCCUGUUCCGGAACCCCACCUUCGUACUCCUGACACUCGGCAUCGCGGCUGAUAACAUAUUUGCCACGGGAGCUGAAGUAUUUUUACCUAUAUACCUGGAGAACCAGUUUGGGCUUAGUUCCGGAAAUGCUAAUAUCAUUGUUGGUAUCUUGGUGUGUGUUGCCGGAGGAGGAGCUUUGUUAGUUGGAGGUUGGUUAGUGAAGCGAUUAAACCUCAAGGUACCGGGGAUGCUAAAGUUCAUCAUUGUGGCCAACAUCAUCAAUGGACUCUCACUAUGCUCCGGCUUUUUGAGAUGUCCUGAGAUUCCGCUUGCCGGAGUGUAUCAGCAGUACGCUGAUGAAAGUGCUUCGUCAAGUGUGGUUCUGAACGACACAUGCAAUACGGGUUGUCAUUGUUCGACUGCGGAGUACUCUCCAGUGUGUGGCAGUAAUGAGGUCAUGUAUUUCUCACCGUGUUUUGCAGGCUGUCAAAGUCAGGAGGAUGAGGAUAGUGUCAUGUACAGUAACUGUACAUGCCUAACGCAUUACAGUAUGAUGAAUGAUUCGUCCCUGGUAUCAGCGACUGCAGUGCCAGGUCGAUGUGGUUCAUACUGCUCAGAGAUGUACAUAUUCAUUGCCUUCCUUUUCCUUAUUCUGGUUUCGUUGUUCAUCGACAAAGUGGCAGCAACAAACACGAUUCUCAGAUGCGUCCCUGAAGGGCAGCAGUCAUUUGCUCUUGGUGUAUACGGAUUAAUGACACGAGUAUUUGGAUCUCUUCCCGGACCGAUCAUCUUCGGUUCACUCAUCGACUCGACCUGCACGCUCUGGCACGAGGAGAACGGCGAGAGAGGGCAGUGUUGGUUUCAUGAUCGUACAGAUCUUUCCCUUAAAGUCGUCAUACUGGGUGUGUCUGUUAAACUCCUGACACUUGUUUUUGUUUCGCUCGCCUAUAAGACGUACAAGCCUCCACAGACAGAAGACAAAGUUUAAUUACUUAUAUUUUUUACUUAGGCCUAUUAUUAGUAUUAGAAUGGAUUAGAAUAUGAAAGUUCUUUUGUCAAACAUCGAGUAUACAACCUUUAAAAAUAGACUUGGGUUUGUUAAAUUGUCUUUGCCCGUUAGCAUUUACACAUUGAAUGGUACUUUUUUGAAUAUGAUUUUUAUGUUAUUAUUACUAUUUUUUUUUAGAAAAUGAAUUUUAUCUAUGAAUCUGUGUCACGAAUCGACUACUUUAAACAUUAACCCUUUAGAGGCACAUUAGAUUCUAUAACAAGGAUGGGGACCGGAAGGUCCUCCCUAGCUGAGGUUUAGGGUGCUCAAUCACCAACAAUUUUACUGGCCUCUAGAAACUUGUUUUCAAUGUGUAAAUAUUUUCUACUCUAUCUCUUCAUCCAGUUUUGAAAUUUUAUAUUCAAAUCUUCUCUAUUUUUAUAAUGUCUUAUUGUAUAUUUGCUUAUUUUUACUCUUUGAUGUUUGAAUUAGUUUUUUAUAUUUUAAAACUAGAACACAGUUCAGCUUUUUUGGCUGCUAAGUUUGAUUUUUAAUUAACUAAUAAUAUUAAUAAUGUAUAAGUUGCACUAACGGCAAACUUUUGUUGACGUUUUAGAUGACGGAGCAGAAAGUGUAGGCCUACAUGUAUAUGGAAUAACUCGGGUCUGUGUAUUGAUAGUUAUUUUAGAUUUUUGGGUAAUUGUGAAACACCCUACUCUUUUAAAAAUGUUUCAAUAUUUGUCAUUGUAUAAGACCAUGUGAAUUACCCUUUUUGAAGCUGCGACAACUGACAUUUUAAGCCGUUUUCAGUAAAAAAAAUUAAAAAUAAUGUGCACACACAGGCUCCCAGACGAAUUGAGUUGUGCUAUAUUUUUUUUACUGUAAAUGGCACCACGUGACCGAUUAC